AUGGUGGCUCAGCGGUCACUGCGACUUUACUUGAUGUUUCGACUGCAAUCACUCUGCGGAGAGAGAUGUUGGAAUCCAUUGAAACACAAAUUUUCCGCACUUCAGAAGUCCGACGACCUCCAGUGGCCACUUAUCACCUCUGAUGGGACACCUCGUCCUCGGCCAAAGAUAGAACACCCUGGAAGAUUCAACGUUGAUCUAGAGUCCGAUGAUGAUGCAGAAGACAGUGCUUUGCGAGAAGGUACUUUGAUUCAAGCUUACUGGACCUCUAUCCGAGAAAAAUAUCGCUCACGACGCCUUGACGUUCAAUCACUUUCGACCUCAGAGACGGGGGACCUUCCGGAGAACUGGAUCGUGAUCAACAUCAAUAUCACAGAUGACAAGAGCACGUUGUUCAUCUCACGACGAGAAGGCGGAGUUGAAGGAAGCCAACCACUUGUUUUCUGCGUGCCUCUGAAAGGAAGGAGAGAUAACGGAGAUGACGAUGUGGAAGACCACUUGGAGUUCAACGAUGCUAUUGGUCAGUUGCGCGAGAUC